AUGGAGCUAAAAUCUCUCCACCUCUUUCUCUCUCCAGGCAGAAUAGCUACACCAUUCCGAUUCAAAUCAUCCCAGAUCGGCUCUGCCUCCUCGCCUGCUGUGAUGUCUGUGUCUCUGUCCAGCAUCCCCGCCGUGAAGGACAAGCCGUUCCACUCCAACCCCCUCAAAGGCAGCCCUGUCCCGGGCUCGGGUUACUACGCUGCCCCGCUGCCCGGAGCCCACCAUUACAUGGACAUCUUCAGGUGCUCUCAGCAGCCCCUCCACCCAAUCAAGUCCCUGGGACGGCUAGUCACAGACACCCAGGCAGUCAUGCCGUUCAACUUCACCGACCGGAACCCCUCAUUCUUCGGCCACGACGGCCACGCCGUUAACGUGCUCCAUGAGCAGAUCUUCAACACGUCGAACAUCCCGUAUUUUAAUCGGAUGAUGCCGGGAGUGGGACAAACGAUUUACUCCAAGCACGAGGAGCUGGCGACGGUGGUGAUCGAGCACGCUACUGGGCCGUUAUCAGACUUCAGCAGUCCUGCCUCAAGCGAGAGGUCUUCUGCUCACUCGGUCUCGCCGUCCAAAGCAAGUUUGUUCCACCUCAGGGGAACCGAAUUAUCAUCGAAGAAAACGCGCACUUAUAGUUUCAGCGAGGAUGAUCUGUUCACUGUGCUGUACGGAUAUACCCGGAGACAGGAGCAGAAUACCGGUCACGCCAUCUCAGGAGUAGCCCUGCCCGGGAACUCAGGUAGACAGAUAAAGCUUCUCGCAUAUCUCUGUCACACAAUUACCUUUGAAAUGUUAUCGAAAGUGGGUCAUUUUCUUAAAAGCAAACGUGUGUUAUUGCUUCAGCUGUCCUAACAGGUUUAUGGUAGUGGAAAAAGUUAAAAUUGUUAGAUGCAACAUAACAUUAUUGCUUGCUAUUGCCAAUUGGGGCUGGAGAUUCAAUCCGUUCAUAUAGGCACUAAUUCUGUAUUUCUAGCUGGGAUUUGAUGAUUAUUGGUUUACCUUAGUCCAUGUGUAUGGCUAUUUCAAGAAUAAUCAAACUGUCAAUUCCAGGAAGAUUAAUCUAUGUCUGGGAAACCAGCCCAUAUUGUCGGUCGUUUUGUGUUUGAUUUGUAGGCUCUAAUGUUCAUAAUUGACCACCAGCAUCGCUAACUUUAACAUUCUCUUCAACAGUUUGUAACAGCGAGCUACUCACCUUGAAUACUCCGGCGCUUGAACUACCAGAAGGUAGGCCUCUCUCAAUUCAAUGCAAUUCAAUUCAAAUGGCUAUAUUGGCAUGGGAAACAUCUCUCUCUCUCUCUCUCUCUCUCUCUCUCUCUCUCUCUCUCUCUCUCUCUCUCUCUCUCUCUCUCUCUCUCUCUCUCCCCUUCCUUCCUUCCUUUCUCUCUCUCUGUUAGAAUUUUCAGUUCAUACUUGUGAAGUUGCGUAAAGGGUGUUAACUUUAAUGUGUUUUCAAAUGUCACUUCCAGGGUUAACUAUCCACCAGACGAGUUACCGCAGUUUGUCCCACUACGGAGUUUUCGCAGUGAAGAGCGCCAUCACCAAGGGAACACGGUUCGGCCCAUUUCAGGGGAAACUGGUCAAUACGAGCGAGAUCAAAACAUACGAUGACAACACUCUGAUGUGGGAGGUCAGUUUAAUUGCUUAAUUAAGUGCACAAUAUUGUGUUUAGUUUAUUUAUUGUGAGCUAAAAGUUUGAACCUUUUGUGUUUUUAUUCGGUGAGUAAACCAGUUGUGCGUAAAUGCCAAUUUAUGCGUAAAUGUAGGCCUAAAAAUAUAUGCUUGAUUACCAAUUAAUUAAAAGGCCAUACAGUCAAACAAUUUGUAGCCACAUACAUUUUCGUGCAAUAUAAUAGGUUUAACAACAACAUUUUCUCUGUGUCCAUUAAUCCAGGUGUUCGAGAACGGCCGAUUGAGUCACUUCGUGGAUGGCCGGGGCUCUUCCGGUAACUGGAUGUCCCUGGUGAAGUGCGCGCGCUUCCCGGAGGAGCAGAACCUGAUCGCGGUACAGAGUAAGGCACAGAUCUUCUACGAGGCCUGUAAGGAGAUCCAGCCGGGCCAGGAGCUGCUGGUCUGGUACGGGGACUGCUAUGUUCAGUUCCUGGGGAUUCCUCUCACUCUGAAAGACUCGCUGGAGGAGGGGAACGUCAUGCUUCCACAUGAAGGUAAGGACAUUUUCAUAUAGAAUCAGAGAAUCAGAAUCAUCUUUAUUCGAAUAGAAUAGAAAAACUUUUCUCUUCCCCAGUGGGAACUUCAUUUGUGGAAAAUAUUUUCAUAUAGACGUCACAAUACUCUACUCUUAUAUAUUCUAUUAUUCUAUAAAUCUAUCGCACGUGUUUAUUUGUAGCUGCAGCCUUGCCACUAAAAUCCACCAAGGUUUUCCCUAAUAACAUUUGCUUUUAUUUCAGAUUCUGGAGAGGGUUUUAAGUGUGAUCGGUGUGGGAAAGUGUUCGCCUAUCAAUACUACAGAGACAAACACCUGAAGUACACGCGCUGCGUGGACCAGGGGGACCGGAAGUUCCCGUGCCACCUCUGCGACAGGUCGUUCGAGAAGAGAGACCGACUGAGGAUUCAUAUCCUACACGUUCACGAGAAACACCGACCACAUAAGGUAAAAUGCCAAAUAAUUACUAAAUAAUACAUAUUCCCGAGUGGUGCUGAAAAAACAGCUCCCUUUGCAUUAGGCUAUAGGCCUACUUUCUCCCUAAAUCUAUAGUUUGUUUUAUGCCUACUCUUUUUAUUUUACCCCCUUAUUCAGUGUUAAAAAACUGCACAUUUCCCGAAGGACCUACUUAAUGUCGGCUGAUUUCUCUAAUCUCCCCUCUCUCCUCUGUGCUAGUGACAAAUAUAGGCCUGCUUUCCUCCUAAAUCUGUAACUGAAGGUUCACUCAGUGUAAACUAUUACUAAAUUUCCCCAUAAUCAAUGUGUCACCUUCUCUCUUGUCAGUGCUCGGUGUGCGGAAAGAGUUUCUCUCAGUCCUCCAGUCUCAACAAACACAUGCGUGUGCAUUCAGGAGAGCGCCCCUACAAGUGUGUCUACUGUAACAAGGUGAGCACAGAAUGACAGGUGUGUGUGUGUGUGUGUGUGUGUGUGUGUGUCAUCGAGUCCUUGGGCGUGUAGGUGGGCAGACCCCGAUGGAGCUCGAGCUCACCAUUUAGAAGCUUCCUCAUUUCAUGGUGCAUUUGGCGCGAGCGCCCUCGUUAUUGUCUCCCGGUGCAGGCACGCUCCGCCGAGACACUUCCGUGGUGAUUAGCGCCAGAUGUACCCACCCUAUUGUUCCCCCACGCCCCGAGAUUACACUCUGAAUGUAUGGCUCUAUGAGGAACAGACGUUUUCUUUGUUGUUUGCAGGAUAUUACUUCUUCCUCAGUUUUUAUGUCGCCUACUUAAAUAAUGUUUUUGUUUAACCCAAACCCCCUGUUUAACAAUGAUAUGUUAGCCUAUAUGCUAGUUAUAUGCUCUUUUAAAAUACUAUCCAAAUGAAAAGGCAUUUGAAAUCGAAUUGAAUCCAGAUUUUCGAUAACAGAAUGAAUGUGCCAAGCCUGCAUUGGUGCCAGCCUAUUGCUGUAUUGGCCAAUGUGUAGUCUUGCCAAACAACCAAUGGCUAUCAAAGUAUUCCGUUCUGAUAGAACUGUAGACCUAUUGAGUCCACUCAUGUCCUCAAACUUCUAUGUCCUCUACCCUGUUCUAGGCCUUCACCGCUUCCAGCAUCCUGCGCACGCACAUCCGCCAGCACUCGGGAGAGCGGCCCUUCAAGUGUAAGCACUGCGGGAGAGCCUUUGCCUCGCAUGCCGCGCACGACAGCCACGUCCGACGUACCCACGCCAAUGAUAAACUCUACCCGUGCGACGUGUGUGGAAGCACCUUCCAAGACGCGACAGAACUCAAGAACCACAUGAAGAGUCACAAAAGUAAGAUCUGAUUGUCAAUAGAUAUUGAAGGAAUAGGACACGUUUUGGUUGUACCUAGGGUCUAGGCCUAUAUCUUGAGUGCAAAACCAAAAUACACUGGAUAAAUAUAGAAAUAGAAUGCUGACUUAUGUGUCUAACCUAAAUUGCCUAAUAUAUCUGGGAUGUUCGUUCUAAAACGUUAUCUUUUCGUUAUUGACAGAAGGCCCUCUGUCGGAAACCGCAGUUCCUCCUACCAUCUCACUAAACGGAUCUUUGGAGGAUACAACAACGAUGUUUUCAGUCACCAAGGACUGCAGGACGCAAAGACUGACCGAGGAGAACUUCUACACUGGCCUGACGAUUCUGAACCAAGAAUAUCGACCCUGGAAUUAA